AUGGACAACCCCAGGGAUACGCCAGGGAAAGCGAGCCGGUGGUUUGGGGUCGCGCAGUCUAAAUCGGCCAAGACGAACGUGAAUAUCCUUCACCAAGAGGAGUUGAUAGCGCAGAAAAAGAGAGAAAUUGAGGCCAGACUGGAGCAGCAAGCGAGACAGAAUUACCUGAGCAUACAACAGCUACCUCUGUUUGGAGAAGAUGACGGUACUGACAAUGAAGCCUGUGUUUCCAACAAGUUUGUUAAUGAUGGCAGUUUCCUCCAGCAGUUUCUCAAGCUGCAGAAGGAAAAGUCAAGUUCUGAACCUCCCCCAAGUUCUACUAAUAACUCGGCAAACACUUCUGCACCAAAUGUUGGGAAGAAACCUAUGCUGUUUGGGAAGCGCCCCGGUCAGGUCCUGAGCAGCAUGCUGCAGCAAGCGAAGAACUACUCCCAUUCCAAACAGACCCCAGUCGUUAACCGCCUCAGUGUGUUUCAGUCGCCGGAUGAAGAUGAGGAGGAAGAUUAUGAGCAGUGGUUGGAAAUUAAAGUUUUACCCCCAGAGGAUGCGGAGACCCGACAAGUGGUGGAAAAGCUGGCUAGGUUCGUGGCUGAAGGGGGACCAGAAUUAGAGAAGGUCGCUAUGGAAGACUACAAGGAUAACCCAGCUUUUUCGUUUUUGCAUGAUAAGAACAGCAGAGAAUUCCUUUACUACAGAAAGAAAGUGGCAGAGAUAAGAAAAGAGAAUCAAAGUUCUCAGGCAUCCUCUUCUCAGAAAGUUUCACCCCCAGACGACGAAGAGACAAAGAACUCUGCUGAGAAACUGGCCAGGUUCAUAGCAGACGGGGGUCCCGAGGUGGAAGCUAUUGCCUUGCAGAACAACCGAGAGAACCAUGCUUUCAGGUUUUUAUAUGAGCCAAACAGCAAAGGCUACAAGUAUUACCGGCAGAAACUGGAGGAGUUCCGUAAGGCCAAAACCAGCACUGUGUGUGCCCCCUUGCCUGUAGAGUCCAGUCUGAAAAGGAAGACCAGUCCCGAGGCAUCACCAUCACCUUUGUGCUUAUCGUCUUUGCCUUUGCCCUUGCCCACAGCUACAACUGCUGCUGCAACAACAACUACAGCUACUGCUACAGGCACUACUAAAAAGAAGCGGAAGAGCAGGUGGCCAGAGGAGGACAAGGUUGAAUUGCCCCUCCCGCAGCUCGUCCAACAGCUGGAUUCUCCUUCUCCUCUUUCAGUUCAGGACCUCAAGGGUCUUGGUUAUGAAAAAGGGAAACCGGUUGGUUUGGUGGGUGUGACGGAGCUCUCCGAAGCCCAGAAGAAACAGCUGAAGGAGCAGCAGGAGAUGCAGCAGAUGUAUGAUAUGAUCAUGAAGCACAAGCGAGCCAUGCAGGAGAUGCAGAUGAUGUGGGAAAAGGCAAUUCAGCAGCACCAACACGGCUAUGACAGCGAUGAAGAGGUGGACAGUGAGCUGGGAACGUGGGAGCACCAGCUUCGACGCAUGGAGAUGGACAAGACGCGAGAGUGGGCUGAGCAGCUGACCCAGAUGGGCAGAGGGAAACAUUUCAUCGGAGACUUUCUUCCACCUGACGAGCUGGAGAAAUUCAUGGAGACGUUCAAGGCAUUGAAGGAAGGACGUGAGCCAGAUUAUUCUGAAUACAAAGAGUUCAAACUGACUGUGGAAAACAUAGGUUAUCAAAUGCUAAUGAAGAUGGGCUGGAAGGAAGGCGAGGGACUUGGCUCGGAUGGACAGGGGAUUAAAAACCCAGUCAGCAAGGGAACUACUGCCGUGGAUGGAGCUGGUUUUGGCAUUGAUCGUCCCGCCGAGCUAACCAAGGAGGAUGACGAGUACGAGGCAUUCCGUAAACGAAUGAUGCUCGCCUACCGCUUCCGGCCAAAUCCAUUGAACAAUCCACGACGACCUUACUACUGAGAAUGUUUUUGGGACAAUGUAUUUUCAAAACAAUUGUAAUUUUACUGUGAAAUGUUAUGAAACUGCAUUAUCAUUCUCUUAUUUGCUAAUAUUGUAAAAUUUAUUGAAGUCACAAUUCCAUCUCUCACCCAGAAGAAAGGCCUGCAAGCCCACUCACUGCACACUCGAGUGUCAUGACAACCGUGUCGUAACAAGGCCUGGGUGGUAUUCAGAGAGGAGAGCAGAGCAGGUGAGAACGGAGAUCUUUACCCGGCGCCCUGCUGACAGUGGAAGGGUAGCACCAAAGAUACCAAUAAGAAUAGUUCAGGGACUCCAUUCGUGUUUAGCUCAGUGCCAUGUUACAAGGAAUGCAUUUUUUUGCCUAACGGCAGUUCCUCUGUUGUUCAGAUACGCAGCUUGUGCUGCUCGGGG